AUGAACGAAUUAAAGUCUCCAAAACUAUUGAAUGGUUUAGGAUAAAAGAAAUAGCAAAAUGUACAAGAUCAAAAUGACACAAGUCUACUUUUGCAAUUGUUCUAAAAGAUUCAACCAGUUGAAAUUAUUAGAAUGAAUGUAUUUAGAAUCCCUUUAUGUUAGGAUUCCAAAAAAAAGAGUUAAUCUGUUCUAUACAUCUAUGAAGAUGAAUCUGAAUCUAAAUUCUAAGAGACCAUCAAAUAUGGAGUCUUGGAAUAUGAAUAACAUCAAUACCAAUAAGCUUUAUUCUAAUUUAAAUAAGCAGAAUAAAUCCUAACUGCAAUAGCAAGUCCUCCUAUUCAUUAUUAACUAAUCAAUAAAAUCAACAUCGGUACUCAUGCUUUAUAUUAAGGGUGUCUCAUUCUAUGCCAUAGGAUGGUUGGAAAAUGCCUUCACUUGUUUCGAAGAUACUAUUUUGAUAUUGAAGAAGUAUAUAAAUCAAACAACACAAGAGAGAAUCCUCUUAGAUACAAUUAGACUCUAAUGUUUUCUAUAAUGCUGCAUAAUUUUAUCUGAAAUCGGUUAGCAUCAUGAAGCAUUGGCUAUUUCUAAAAUUGCAAUCAAAAAGGCAUUAAAAUUAUUGUUUGAUCUCCAUUCCCACUCAGAAGAAUCCUUGCAGAAGAAACUCUUAGAAGAGAUACUAAGAAAGUCAAUAGCUUUGCCACAAUUAAAACCUAAACAAUAAGGAAUAAUUAUCACUUUUCCUUCCUCUAAAACAUAAUAAUUGACUCAAGAAAAUCUUCUACAUAUCUUUAAAGAUUGUUCAACUUAAUAUAUUGAAAAAGCCAAUAUCCUUAGUUACAUUUAAAUGACUCCUUUAAACUUUGAUUCCCUUCUCUUUCAAGUGAACUUAACUAAUCAAUAAUUCCUCCAUAUAUUUUCCUUGUUUGUGAUCUCCCUCUAUUGUACAUCAACAGAAUCAAGAUUCAUUGAACAAAUUUUAGAUCCAUUACAAUUUACAGAAGCUGAAAAUUAUUUAUCGAGAGCAUUAGAAUUAGUUUAUUUGUAUUUUCCUAAAGAUAUGCCCUUGGUCAAUCAAUUAUUAAAUGUUCACAAUAGAUUUCAUGAUAUAUCAAAAUAAAUAAUUUAAGAAGAUGUUCAUUAAAAGCAUGAAUAAAAUUAUGAGAUAGUUUUACUUAAACCUAUAUUAGAACCUUAAAAAUGUGGAUUUGUUAUUCCCAUUAUUCGUAAAUGUAUUAUAUACUUAUUAUAUAUUAGCCAAAUGUUCAUAUUUAAUAAAAGAAAGAGCAAUAUCCCUUAAAGAAUAAUAAUUCUAAAUUACUAAAGCUUAAAAUUUAAAUAUAGAUACAAAUACUUAUGAAGGUUCAAAACCAUAAAAUAGGAAACUUAGAUCAAUUUCUACUACAAAUAAAAAUAAACCUAAUUCUCCAAAAUGGGGACUCAAUUAAGUUGCAGAGAUCUAUUUAAAAGAAAAGAAUGCAAGCAAUCAUUAAAAUAUAAAUAUUACCAAUUUUAGAUAAACUCAUUUCAAAAGACCAUAAACAAAAGCAAGCUAAAAGUAAUAUUGCUUUGAAAAACCAAGGUUUAAUAUUAAUUUCUUAAUUAUCAACAAUUUAAAUCAUGUCCAAUUACCACCAAAAAGAAAGAGAGGUACAUCAUUUAAUUUAGAAUCAAUUAAACCACCUUAAACAGCUCUAAACAGUGCAAAAGGGAAUAAAGAAUUACUAAAAUCAUAUUAAAUGUAAACCAAAAUUAAAAAUCUAAUUAAAUCCUAUCAAAUAUGA